UCGUCCGAACGUCGGGUUAAAACCCCGGCCGACGCGAAGUUCCAAGUCAGAACGUUGGCGGUUUGAGCGUUCCGCGGGCAGGUGGCGCGCGGGGCCAUGGCGGUCAGGAUCAAAGUGGUCUACUGUGGAGCCUGAGGCUACAGACCCAAGUUUCAACAGCUCAAGAAGGAACUCGAAAAAGAGUUUCCGGGCGAGCUGGAAAUUAGCAGCGAAGGGACUCCUCAGGUCACAGGAUGGUUUGAAGUGACGGUAGCAGGGAAGCUGGUGCACUCCAAAAAAAACGGAGAUGGCUUUGUGGAUGACGAUGCCAAACUACACAAGAUAAUUAAGGCCAUCAAAGCAGCUUUGGCAUAAGGAGGACUUUGAGCAUGGGCUAGCAGCUCAGAGCGCAACAGAGCUCAAGAAAAAUCUGUUUUGUUCAUCUUGGCAAAUCGCUUGAUGACGGGAGCUGCUGAAAUGUUGCUGGACACCUGGCAGUUCCCUGAAGACUGCGCGUUGGAUGCCAAUUUGAGCAAAGCCUGAUGGAAGACCUUGUGCUCUAAUUCAGUGUCUGGGUGUGGAUUGGAGUCAGCGUUAAGUCUGUGCCUCCUAACGCAUCUGUCUUUGGUGUUUGGUGUGUGCUGCACGCAAAUAUGGCUUUCUUUGUCAUUCUUUUUUUAAUAUUUGCAUUGGUGGCCAGUAACUCUAAGAAAGGAUUACUGAAAGAUAGGAAGAGUGGAAGAGUCAUCAACUGUUUGUUUUCAUUGCUUCCAAUAUGUGAUGGAACCAGAUGCCAAAAAACUCAUCUUGGAACUAACCAAUUUUAGAAUCCUAAAACAUCUUAACUUGAAGAAAGUUUGCAUUCUUCUUCCUUUCCCACCCCUCCUAACUUUCCUAUUGCAGGAUUGUUUGGGUACUUUAUACCCACUUCUGACUACUUUGCUUGAACAUUGUUGAAUCCACUAAACAUUUAAUAAAAAGUUACUUCCAAGAUA